GAGAGCGAAGAGAGAGAGAAGAGAGAGAGAGAGAGUAGAGAGAGACAGAAGCGAGAGACCAUGAGAGAGAGAGAGAGACAGAGACACAGAAGAAGAGUGAGAGAGAGAAGGAGAGAGAGAGACACACACAGAGAGAGAGAGAGAGAGACACAGAGAGAGAGAGAGACACUAGAAGAGAGACACCAGAGAGAGAGAUGGAGAGAGAGA